AUGCCCUUCUCGAGAACGAGAACAGGUUGUUACACCUGUAGAGAAGACGGUUAUAAGUGCGAUGAGCAGAAGCCGUUCUGUGGAAGAUGCAUUCGACUACAGAAGAAAUGUCAAGGAUAUGGCGUUAGACUUAGAUGGCAACCCAUUCAGGGGGAACCAAAGUCGAAGCGGACCAAAAAGGCACGACAGCAAAAGGAAUGCUCCACUGAGGAGGUUAUCCCGACAUCCUCCACUUGUGAGUCUACAGGUCCGGUGGUAAGGUUUGGUCCACCCCGUACCGUACCGCAUAACGUCCAUCCAAUGAAUCAUUUCCUCCUUAAUCAUUGGUCGACUACGCUGGCUACGAUGGUAUCUAUGGUAUCAACUCCCCAUAACCCAUUUCUUGUUCACUUAAAUCCAAUGAUAUCGCAUUCGAUAGCCCUAAGAUCUGUCUUAUGUUCAAUUGCAGCUUGUCAUUUGGCGAUAUUAAAAAACGAGAAUUCGUUUCAUACCUUAGCGACCCGCUAUCGACUUGCUGCUGUCUCGUCGUUGCGGCAAACCAUUCAAACCGAAAAUCCAGAGCUGUCGCUCGCCGUCAUUCUGAUGCUGCAAGUGUCUGACAGACUCUUCACCGUCGAUUCUGGGGUCGACCAUCUAUCCGGAGCAAAGGCGAUCAUCAACCAGGCCGGGAUCAAUAGCUGGAACAGCUCCAGAGCUUCGUUUCUCCUUAGCUUAUGCUCUUAUCACGACAUAUUAGCCUCUGUAUCUCGGGGGAAAAGUCCAGUUUUUGAGUUUGAUGGCAAGUUCCCGAUCGAAGGCAUGGAAUCUAUGAAGGAACUCACUUCCGUAUUACGGAUUGUUGGGCAGAUUAGUAGGAUGCGGGAUCAAGACCCGAAGCACCUUGAUGCGUGGGGCUACGCCGUUGAAGGGAUUCUCAAUGCUCUCGACCAGUCUGAAGGGCCGAUAGGAGACGUCGGACACACCAUACAGGCCUAUAGAUAUGCGGCGUAUAUUUAUCUAUACCGCGUCUGGCACAACAAAGGUGCACCUAAUCCGUCUGCGUUGAAGUAUGCCCGAUGCUGCCUGGCCCAUCUUAGCCUUGUUGCGGUAGACUCGCCUCUCGUGUCUGCCCAAGUGUGGCCACUUUGGACUGCCGGAUGUGAAUCCAUCGACGAUGACCAACGCCAAUUUGUGCGAGACAGGAUUGAUGCUAUGUACGAAGCUCGUCAUCUUCCUUCGCUCCGAAGGAUCAAGCAGGAUAUCAAAGACGUCUGGAAUAUUAAAGACGAGCAACGAAACUUGAUCGGAGUUGAUAAUGUUGACUGUAUCAAAGCUAUAUUACGAAGUCGACGGAGAGAGGCCGACCUUACUUAAAGAUUAACUGCGCAUUUUAAUAAAGAGGGUCUCGAGACUUAUACCACCGCUCUGCACUUUGCUUAACCUCAUUUUGGGACCACAAAGCAAUUGGCCUACAACCUUAAGUUGACGCUUUAGCUAUGAGAAUGUAUUGGAACUACGAUCGUAUGAAUACCUAACUCCCCGGCUAUUCGCAACGCUAUGAUACCUGAUUAGGAGUUGCAACUGGCAUUGGCUAUUUUCCACAGAAAGGCUUGUGAGUUUUACUUGAACCCCGAUCUUCGAGUGCCGUGUCAUGUACUUAACUUCUUUAGAACUGUCCAGUUGGCGGUUUCUU